ACUACUUGACUAUUGAUAAGUGAUAACGUUGUUUAGUGUAUACUGCAGACGGAUAGUGUUGUAGUUGUUGUUAAGCACCUAAGUACUCGGUCAGUAUUUAACACUUAGUUUCAUUCUGUUGUUGAAUUGUAAAUAUAAAUUUUCUAAUGGCUGAAGAUUUUGAUUUAUCUUGUACCAACAAGUUUGAAGUUGAAUUGGGCUCUUCAUUAAGACAUUGUUGUAAUACUUCUCGCAAACUCAAACAGCUAGCUUUGAAUGCUGCAGAGUUAAAAAUAAAUAAUCAAAUAAACUUGACCUGCAAAGAAAAUGACGUUGGCCUAAGUGUAAAAAAUAUUUUAGAUGCAGUGCAAAAUUUACGUGGUAAAUUAAAUAUUAUUGAAACAACAUUCGAUUGUUCUGAUAAGACUGUAUUUAAUCUUGGAGAAACUGUUCAAGAGCUUGAGAGUGUUGUUAACAUUGUGUCAAAAAACAAGAACACAAUUUUUACUCACCGUAAUCUUUUAUAAUUUAUUUAUCUUAUUUUAUUCAAUUAUAUAAUAAGUACCUAGUAGUAUUACAUUUAUAAUGUCAUUUAAACGUGUAUGUGAUGGAUCAGGCAGCGAUUUACUCAAAAGUCUUGAGUCACAAAGGAUCAGAGAAUUACUUGGCAUUCAAAUACCAGAUGGUGAAGCCAAAUUGUUGUCCAAUGGGAAGUUGACUUGUAUGAUUUGUAUUCAAAGACCAAUUUUUGAUACGGUUAAUGUGCUCUCAAUUCACAGAAAAGGAAAAAAACAUUUAAACGAACUUAGUAAAUAUUUGGAAAGAAAGGAAGAGUUAGAGUUAAUAAAGAUUAAGCAACAACAAAAAAAAUGUAUUCAGUCAUUUGGUGCUCCAAAAUUGUAUAAUAGUUCUACAGAACGUAAAACAAAAUUAGAACUACCAAAAGAUGAUUCAGAUAAUUCUAAAGAAUCUUCUAUUGUUUCACGCUAUGUAUCUUCAAUGAAAAAAAAACCAUCUUUACAAGAUGUUAUAAAUCGUGCAAGAAAACAUCCUUAUCAGCUACCGGUCUCUAAUUCACAUACCCCAGUGUCCAAAAAUACCUCAGAUAUCAUUCCAUCAAUACAGACUUCCAGCAAUAAAGAAAUUGAAAUUGGUUGGAUAAUUAAUUCUGACGGAUCAUGGUCUAAGGAUCCACAAGCUGAAUUUGAUUCUGAUGAUGACUGAUUUGUAUGCAGAUUAUAUGUAAAACAAUUUUAUACCGAAACAAAUGACAUCAAUUGCUGAGAAAUCAUCCAAUAUGAAAUUACCACUCAUAACAAUGGGUUGAAUUCUUGAUGUAAAACCAAGUAGAGAAUUUUCUAGGCCUGUGAUCCUUUGUAAGAUUAUUAAUACAUUUUUAAUUAUGAUUUUA